GGUUAGGAAAAGGGGAAUGGAGAGGGAGAGAUGCAGGAAGCACCAGAGAGACAUUCUGUAAUGAGCAAUAAGUCAGUUGUUUAGAGUCAAAUGACCUUGCCUGGUGUCUCAGAGGUGGGUGUAUCUGCACAAUGCCAUCCCCCACCCCCUGGCACUCCUCUUGUGCCACCUGUCCCACGCUCCUCCCACGGCACUUCACCCUGGCUAUUCCCAACAUCCUUUGCUCCAUUCUACAUCAACAAAUACAGUACUCUGCAGAAGUCUUAGGCACCCUAGCUAUAUACAUGUGCGUAAGAAUUUUGGCCAGUACUAUAUUGUACCCUAGCUACAAUACAGUAUGUAAGCCUUUUGCACAGUACAGUUUUGUACCCUACCUAUAUAUAUGUGCCUAAGCUUUUUGCACAGUACAGUAUUGUGCCCUACCUUUAUACUGUAUAUGCAUCUAAGACUUUUGCACAGUAUUGUAUGAGGAUGUAUUUAGAUAUUUUUAUAGCUGUAAAGGGUGAAGUAUCUAAACUUGUUAAGCAGCCAAAAUUAAUUAAGGUCUAAUAUUCUGGGAGAAAAUACAGAUCAGCCAUAGUCUUAUUGAAUGCCAAAGGAAGUUCGAUGGACCAGAUGAUCUACUCCUGUGCCUGUUUCUUAUAUCAAUGAAUAGGAUACAGGAAAGUGGGGAUAUACAAGUGAGGAAAGGAUGAAGAAUUUAGGUCUAUUUUCUCUUAGGAAAAGGAACUUAAGGUGUGCCCCAAUAAAUGUCUUUAAGAUAUAGAAAGGACGUUUGCAUUUGUGGGGAAACUGUAACUGGAUGCCACCAGUAUAAGAUCAUUGCCAUGAGGUCAAAUAGACAAUUCAGAACAAAUUCCUUUGUCUGAAGAGUGGUGGGAAUGUGGAACUCAUUCCAAGAGGGAGUGGUUGUAGGAAAUAGUUAAGCACAUUUAAGGAGAGUCUGGACAAGCCAAGGAGCAGGAAUGGAGUAGAGGAGUAUUUUGAUAGAUUUAGACAGGGAAAGAGGGAGCAGAGCUUCCACUAGAGAAUAAAGAACAGCAUGGACUGGUUCCACCAAAUGGCCCCUUUCUGAUGCCACUCAUUUAAUGUAAUACAUCAAUUAACAUAAUAUCUUAUUCUCUGGCUUAUGUUGGCCAGCAUCACCCAACCAUUUUGCUGAGGGAGUACUAGAAACAUUGAUCAGGUAAGGCAGUGACUCUGGAGAAAGACAACGAGCUAACAUUCCUCUAGUUCUGACAAAGAGUUUUUUCUCCGAACUGUUAACUUGGUUUCUCUUUCCACAGAUGCUGCCUGAUCUGUUGAGUAUUUCCAGAUUCAUUGUUUUUUUACUUAAGUUAACAUUGCUAAUCCUGUUUCAGAAUAAAAGCACACAGCUUUAAGAUGCAGCGAAUCAGGGACAGAAGGAGAAAAGGGCAAGUUUGUGAGGUGAAAAGUAAAGAUGCAUUUGACGAAAAUAAAAAUGGCUCCAGUGCAAAGAGUGGGUGCUAAUAGAACAAGCAGAAGUGCCGGAGAAGAGUGGUCUCCUCGGUCCAAGCCAUGAUGGCAACAUUCUCUGGCUACGUAAUCACGUCCUCCUGCAACCAUGUGAUGAAAGAUAGCCACUGGAUUUCUAAAACCUAUGUAUUAUUUGGAGCACCAUACAUGGCCUAUGAUAUUUAUGCCAUGUAUCUUUGUCACUGGUACAAGCACAAGGAAAAGCAAAGUUCAUCCUUCAGCAUUGUGGCAGGCUUCCUGAUGAAAAAUCCCUUGAUCAUACUGCACCAUCUUGUCCUGUUACUUGUCUGCUUCCCUAUUAUUAUGUUUUAUACCAAAGACCUGGGCGAUUUCUUCCUGGGAUGCCUUUUCCUGGCAGAGCUGAGCACGCCAUUUGUCUCUUUUGCCAAAAUACUCAGUCAGCUGAAAAUGCAGGACACACUGCUAUACAAGGUUAAUGGCAUCAUCACUUUGGUGACUUUCUUCAUCUGCCGUAUCCUCGUGUUCCCCUUCAUGUACUGGGCCUAUGGAAGGCAGUACGGCAUCCCCACCCAUAAGGUACCUUUGCACAUACCUCUGCACUGCACCUUUGCCAACGCCAUGCUUAUGGCUCCUCAGGUUUACUGGCUUUCUCUAAUCGUCAAGAAGGCAGUGAAGACUGUGAAGACUGAUUGAUGCAACAACAGGACACCAUUCCCUCGCACAAGCCAUGGUUUUCCUGUGGGAAUGCAACAGAUGAUUUCAACUUCAGAAGUAUUUCAUGGUGUAUUAUUUUAAAUAUUGGGACAAUUUUACCAAGCCAUGAAGUCAGGUACAGCUGAAUUUCUGCUCUGUGCUUCCUGACAGUUCCAGAGACUUUUUAAAAAUUACACCAGUUCGUGUUUUGGUAACUUCAAUAGAUUCUGUUCUAUUAAAUGUAAGGUGAUUUUAAAGUUAUAAACAAGCCUGCAAAAGCCCUCCACCAACUUGGACCUGGUGGAGGCUAAUGGAUGUAAACUUGAAUCUAUGCAGUUCAAAUAUUUGUUAUGUUAAAUAUUUAUAUAAUAAAAAUUAUAGCUUUUAAAA